AUGUCGGAUGACGAAUUCUACGAGGAGUACGACGAUGAAUAUUUCUGGAUCGAGGAGCCCGAUCCCACCGUCGCCGAUGACCUCGCCGCAACCGCAACUUACGACGCCCUCUUCUUCGACGACCCCUCCCUAGACGUCGAAGACUUCUACAGCGACUGGGACGAGCUCUCCGACGACUACUACGACGAAGACUCAACGGCCGCGCGCCGACAGCGCGUGAUGGCCAAAUGGCCAAACAAGCGACGCCGGGCCCGACGCCGACGCCGAGCAGCUCGAGCACGAAGCCGAACGAGCCAACCGCGUCCUCUCCACUGCCAUCUGCACGAAAUUCCACCCGGGCACGGACCUCUCCUCCUUCCGCAGCGUCGUCUGGAAGGACGACGCCGAUGA